AUGGGCAGCUUCACCUUCAAGUGGGAGCAUCCCGCCGACGAAGUCUACGUGACCGGUACCUUCGACGACUGGACCAAGAGCGUCAAGCUCGAAAAGACGGGCGAUGUCUUCUCCAAGACGGUCGACCUCAAGGAUGCCUCGAGCAAGAUCUACUACAAGUUCGUUGUCGACGGCAACUGGGUAAUCAACCAAUCAGCAGCAAACGAGCCUGACACUCAGGGCAACGUGAACAACUUCCUCAACCCCGACCAAAUCACAAAAGAUACCCCCGCCGCCGCCAUUCUUAACACCGUCACCCCCACAUCUACCACUGCUGCGAUGGCUUCCGAGCAACCUAUCGAGGUAAAGCCCGUUGAGAAGGUGCUUGACGAGAAGGUGGCCGAGAGCAAGCCUGUUCCUGCGCUCGCUGACGAGGAGACCCUCACCGAGAACGAGAAGGCGCACCCCCUCGAGACCCCUUCUGACAUUCCAGGCGGAUUUCCCGCCACACCCGCGACUGAGCUGGAUAAGCCUGUGUCUAUCGCGCCUCUUGCGAACGAGCUGGAGAAGCCCAUCAGCGUCAACCCUCUCCCCGCUUCUGAGGGUGCUGGCAACCCCAUUACCCUGGCGCCUGGCGAGAAGAUCCCCGAGUCUAUCACCGCCCAGAGCACCGACAAGUACGUCAAGCUCGACAAGGAGUCGUACGAGAAGAGCGACACUAUCCCUGGUGUUGAGACUGAGCUCCCUCCCGUUUCUGCCAACACCAUCCCCGAGUCCAGCCUCCCCAUUAUCGGUGCUCAGGAUGUCGCCAUCAACACUGUGACCCCUGUUUCUACCACCGCGGCACUCGCCGCCGAGGUUCCCCUUGAGCCCAAGCCUGCUGUCCCCGAGGUUGUCAAGGAGAGCCAAGAGAAGGCCGACGCGGCCCCUGAAGCCAGCGCCGUGGCCGAGGGCGUCGAGGAGAAGGCCAAGGUUGAGGAGGAGUUGAAGGAGAAGGUUCCUGAGGCCCCUGCUACCUCUGAGGGCACCGCUGGCCAGGCUACCGAGAAGUCCGAGAAGGCCCAGGACGCUGGACUGGCUGCUCUCGCUGCCACUGCUGGUGGUGCCGUCAUUGCUGCCGGCCUCACCGCCAAGGAGACCAUUGAGGAGAAGGCUGCUCCUGUAGUGACCAACGCGACCGAGGUCAUCACCGAUGCCGCCGCCAAGAACCUCCCUGAUGCUGUCAAGGAGAAGCUUCCCGUAGCCGCCCAGGAGGCUCUGGACGCCAAGACCAAGGAGCAGAUCCGAGAAGAGGUGUCUCCCGAGGUCCCUGCCGAGGUCAAGGAGUCUCUCGUUGAGGCUGGCAAGGCUCCCGAGGCCGCUGCCAACACUGAGGCCGUUCAGGAGAAGAAGGAGGUUGAGGCUGAGCUUCUCAAGGAGAUCAAGCCUGUCACUGGUACUUAUGACGCCGUGGUGGAGCCUGCCAGCGAGGAGACGAAGCAGGUUUCCCCCGAGGUCCCCACUGAGGUCAAGGAGUCCAUCACCGAGGCCGGCAAGAGCCCCGAGGCUGCUGCCAACACCGAAGCCGUCGAGGAGAAGAAGGUUGUCGAGGCCGAGCUCCUGAAGGAGGUCGCCCCCGUUGCCCCUGUUGAGGAGACCAAGACUGAGGCUGUUGCCCCUGAGGUGCCCGCUGAGGUUAAGGAGUCUAUCGUUGAGGCCGGCAAGGCCCCUGAGGCUGCCGCCAGCACCGAGGCCGUCGAGAACAAGAAGGAGGUUGAGGCCGAACUCCUGAAGGAGACCGAGCCUGUCCCUGCCCCCGAGGAGGCCAAAUCCGAGACCAAGGUGGAAGAGACCAAGACUGAGGAGGCCAAGCCCGCCGUUGAGCCUGUAACGAAACCUGAAGAGGUCAAGGCUGAGGCUAAGCCUGAGCCCCAGGCGGAGACUCCCGCUGUCGGCAACGGUACCUCAGCCGCUGAGAACGGCAGCAAGGCCACCGAGACCAAGGCUGCUGAGCCCGCCGCUAACGGUAGCUCUUCGACCACUGCCCAAAAGAAGAAGCACAACCGACUGAGCUCGAUCUUCAGCAAGAUCAAGCACAAGCUGUCCGACCACAAGUAGACAAGACAAGGCGAGGGUGGAGUGAGAUGAGCUAAUGUCAUGACAGUGUGGUGUCAGAAACGUCUUAUGGGUUUUCUUUUUCUUUCGUUUUCUUGGGAUUGGUGUCUUCGUUUAUCAAUGAUUCCCCUGGAUCCAUGAGGAAGAGGAGAGUGGUUGAGAUCACUGAGGGCCUGGAUCUCCGUCAUAUACCUAGUUGAUAGUCAGUUUUUACGCGUAUGCUUUUGAUUGAUACCGGAAUUCAUGUAUCAUAGUAUCCAUCAUGUCAAAAGAAGUGAUGCUUGAAGGUUGGAUACAACUUGACAAUGAGUCCGUCUGUAUCAGUCC